CAACUUUAAAUUGUUUUUGUUGUUGUUGUAGAAGUAUGGAACAGCCAACCAAUAAGCCCCUGGGGGGGAAAAAUACAUUUUUUAAACCAUAAAGUUAAGAGGGAUAAUUCAUGAACAAUGUCAGUUGUGCAAUAACAUUUCUCAGAAACAAAACUUGGAAUAAUGCCAGCAAUACAAACACAAAAAUUACCCAAGUACAUGGCCCAAAAACACUGCUUGGGUGUGCCUCUAUAAAUUGAUCAUUUACUCUUGCUUGUGCUAUUGUGUUAAGACCACACGUCUCAGAGAAGCCAUGAACGGACCCAAAUUCUAUAUUCUUCUUCUUGCUGGUGUCUUGGUCAACGGGCAAGGGAAAAUUGGAACGGGAUGGGAAAACCAAUUUGACCAGCCCUUACAUUUUAACUGCCCUUCAAGACAAUCCAUCUCUUACAUAAAAAGUCAGCAUAACAACGCCUAUGAAGACCGUUUGUGGGGCUUUGCGUGCAAAGCCACGUUUGUCUCAGAGCCCGAGUGCCACUGGUCUCCUUACGUAAAUGACUUCGACCAGGAGUUCACCUUUGAAUGCCCCAAAAACAAUGUCCUCACCGGGAUGAACAGCUACCAUUCCAACCGCCAUGAGGACAGAAGGUGGAAGUUCUACUGCUGUCGAGUCAACAGCUACUGUAACCAGGAGUGUCAGUGGACCCCCUACGUCAACGACUUUGAUGAGGUCAUGUCUUGGCAAGUCCCAAGCCUGAACUACCUAGUUGGGGCCGGAAGCUACCAUUCCAAUCCUCAUGAAGAUCGUCGCUGGAGAUACCGGUACUGCACACGGACAAACUGCUGAUAUUACAGCUGAUUAUUCCAUUCUUGAAUAAAGAUUGCCUAUUGCCUUC